GGCAGAAAGAAGUCGUAGGAUUUGCAGGAUUGGGAAACAUGGGAACAUCCAUGGCAACAAACCUGCUGGAAUUCCUCAGCAAAUUGUCACCUGAUGACCCUUUCGAACGACAGCUACACGUCCAUAACCGUACCCAGUCAAAGACUGACAAGCUGGUCAGCCAGGGCGCUGUUCUUGCCCCCAGCGUCGCCGAUCUCGCGAGCGCAUGCACAAUAGUGUUCUCCAUGCUGCUGAAUGAUGCAGCCGUGACAUCCACCGUGGAAGCCUUCUUGUCAGCAGAUCCAAAGCCUGGCACAGUUUUUGUUGACUGCAGCACCGUCUAUCCCAAUCUUUCCGAAGAUCUGUCCCAUAAGGCGGCUGAGAAGGGGGUGUUGUAUCUGACCUCCCCUAUCUUUGGCCGGCCAGACGCUGUGUUGGCGCACAGAGGGCUCCUGGUCUCUGCCGGGGACCCUGCCGCCAGAGAACGGGUGAGGCCGCUGCUGGAGGCGAUAGGCCAGGGCAUUCUGGACUGUGGGGAUGACCCGCGUGCGGGGAGCGCCAUGAAGCUGGUUGGAAACUUUUUCAUCUCUUCCUGGAUCGAGCUGGCCGCGGAGGGCAUGACCCUGGGCGAGAAGAACGGCGUUGCCCGGGAGACCGUCCUCGACUUCAUCACCCGCCUCUUCCCGGGCUUCAUUACGACAGGGUACGCAAAGGCGCUGGUGGCAGACAAGUUCACGCCGACGCCAGAGGAUCCCGGCUUCAACCUGGAGGGGGGCAUGAAGGACGUGGGCCACAUGCAGCGGCUGGGCCGCGAGUCUGGAGCGCCGCUGCCUGUCGCAGACAUUGUGCAGGAGCACAUGCAGCAGGUCAAGAACAUGGGCGGGGCCGGUCUGGACUGGAGCAGCCUUUCGCUGGCCGUCAGGAAAGAGGCCGGCCUGCCGCUCAGCCACCUGCAGUGAGUGCGCGCGCAUCUAUUGAAACUCAUAACGCCAUAACAUCACUCGUUCGGCUAGCUCUAUCGAAUUCUCCAGACGAUAUUCACUUAGUCAUUGCAAUAUAAAAAUAACAAGGGAGAAAAAUCCUCUCUGUGGUCCUUUGCUAGUCAGUCUAAGAAGAACCAUGCUUUGGAACUUUAUCUGCAGAAAUGUGCAGGUAGUUUGUAAUAUCCGGUGCUCGUGAGGCUUGUGACAUCCGUCUCCGACGCUCGUAAGGUUUUCAAGUGUUUCACCUUGCCCGUGUUUAAAUUUAAAAACAGAUACCAGACUUUGACCAAAUACAUGAUGCAUCUUCUCUUCAGCACCAGUAGGACAUAAAUCACUGAUGAAGUCCACCGUCAAUUGCCACAAGGCCCAACACAUCCAAUUAUGGAGCGCGUCCACAUCAAACCGCCUUGUACAAUUUAAACCUGAUCUUUUCCCUGCCACCGAAACGCGCUAAGAAAGAUGGUCCCUAGAACUGGUGAGACUGAUGCACGUCCACAAAUGCGCGCAGCUCUGCCUUCAUGCGCCGGCCGACCUCUGAGCCCAGCAACCCGCGCCCGUGCUCCGGAGGUUCCAUGGCUUUGUGCGCAGACUCUAUCAGUGCGCCCACUCUGCUGUGCAAUAGCUGCGCAUCGGCCGGCAGAAUGGCGCCCUCUGCUGCCAAGCCCUCUGCUGCCUCCGCCAGAUAUGCGCGGAGCCGCAGCAGCUGCGCUCGCGGGUCCGGGUGCCCGGCUGGCGCCAUGACCUCCAUGAGGUUGCAC